AUGGAUUUUUUCUCUGAGUUUCAGCCGGCAUGGCGGUCCCUUUGCCUCACCUACGACCCCUCUUUGAUCGAAUGGACAACCGUCUGCGUCUCCCAACUAGUCGGGUUCCUCCUCCCGGGACUGGUCUUCUUUAUGUUAGAUCUGUUACAGCCGAAAUGGGCAAAACCAUGGCGGAAGCCAGCCCAGUUUCCAACCCACCUCAAGUUGUGGAAGAUGGUUCAAUGCUCAAUAAGGAACAUGUUGACUGGGUGGAUUCUCCAUGGACUGUACCUCUGGUGGGCGUACCCUCGGACUCUGUUCGUGGUUGACAGCCAGCUUCCCACAUGGAAAUUAGCUGUUGGACAGUACAUCGGGGUCUUCCUGCUCGGAGAGGGUCUUUUCUAUGUCUUCCACAGGAUGAUGCAUGAGAACCGAUGGCUUUAUCUGAAGAUACACAGUAUCCACCAUGGAACGGGAGUGGCACCAACCGGGAUGUCAGUGUGGUAUGGGCAUGUCGUGGAUCAUUUUGUGUUCAAUGGGUUGCCGUUGGCGCUGGUGACGCUGUUGCCGGCGAUGGUUCUGCAAGCUCAUAUCUUGGUCGUGGAGGCGCUGUCCGUGUUGGCCCUGGUGAGUGGUGUGGUGAGCCAUAGUGGGUAUUAUUAUCGAGAGAAGACGGUAUAUGAUCACUGGGCGCACCAUGAGAAUUCGUCCAAGAACUUGGGGGCCUAUGCCAUGAUGGACCUGUUGUUCAACAGCUAUACUGCCUCGCGUUAAGCAUUCUCAUGGUCCGACACAAGACGUUGAUUGUCAAGCACUUUGGUUGUGGAUGAUUUGAAUGAAAUGGCAGGCUUGGUGAAAGUACUAUACAUAUUGGAAGGAG